UAUUAGCAAACACUGUAACCCUAUAUUUCAUCCGAUCGAAUGGAAAGUUUAUUUCUCCCCAUUAAUGGCUUGAUGAUGCUGCUAGCCAACACACUCCACCUAUAAAUCAUUACAAGUAAAAAUUGAUGAUAAGAAAAAAAAGUAUGAAGCAUAAAUUUGUUACCCUAUUAUGUUACUCGGGCGGCACAAUUUGUGAUGGUCCAGAUGGUGUAAUUUAUGAUAAGUCUCCAAGUAAAGCAAUUAAGAUUCACUGUGGCAUUAAAGAUGAUGAAUUAAUCAAUCGAGUCAACCAAGCUACAUCGAUCAAUCAACAACUACAUAAUAUCAAAAUUAUAUGUAGAUAUCCAUUUGUUGGUAUUGGAAAAGUAACAAAAUAUGUUCCUCUUCACAUCAAAGACGAUGAUGACAUUGCUAUUAUGUUUGAUGUUGUUAGUGUCCAUGAGAGAUUAUGUAAUCUUGAUUUGUAUCUAGAGAUUGAAGAAAAAGAACAAAAUCAACCCACGCAGAUGGUAUCUAGGACUCAAGAAUCAAUCUUGAUAGAAGAACGAAGCAGUCAACUCAAGAGUCAUGCUAAUGUCGUAUCUGAGAUGAUUCAGAAUGAGAAUUUUAACACAAUCUCCCAAAUUGCUGUAGUAAAUAAUGCAAUGGUGAGUGGAUUUGACACUGAAAAUGAAGUUGAUCCGACUGACAUGUUUGAAGAAGAUGGAACUAGAGAUGGAGAUGACAAUGAAGAAACAGAAGCACCAAAUAGAGAUGAAGCACCACAUGACAAUGAAUCUCAAGUACCAUCAUUUUUUACUAGUUUGGAGGGAGUAAAUAUGACCACCGAUGGAAAUUGGAUGGACUCACACUCCAAGAGUAAAGAUGAUUUCACUCGAGAGCUAGGAAAAGCUUCUUUUAAGGAUAAGAAAGAACUUAUUAAAGCUAUCAAGCUCCACUCCAUCAAGACACAUAGACAGUAUACGGUGGUUGAAACACGCCCAACUAUUUGGAGCAUAAGGUGCAAGUUAUAUUCACAAUCUGGUUGCAAAUGGAAAGUUCGCGCAUGUAAACGCAAAGAUAGUGGAUAUUUUGAGAUCACAAAGUAUACAGGACCACAUACUUGUUUAAACCCUGGGAUUACUCAAGAUCAUGCCCUAAAUGCAAGUUUGAUCGCUCAAGAAGUUCAACAUCUUAUAAAAGAGCAACCUGGCAUUAGUAUUCCCGCUUUGAGAGCUGAAAUAGUUGAUAAAUUAGGUUAUACAGCUUCAUACAAGAAGUUGUGGUAGGAAAGCAAAAAGCAAUUGAACAAGUUUUUGGAAAUUGGGAUGAAUCAUAUAACUCGCUACCUAAAUUUUUAGCUGCACUUCAAAUGUUCAAUCCCGGGACUGUAGUUGAAUGGUGUAUUGUUAGGCCCGAUAAUGAGGAUCAUGUAGAAUUCAAACGUGUUUUCUGGGCUUUUUCUCCUUCUAUAAUAGGAUUUGAACAUUGUCGACCUGUGAUUAGUAUUGAUGCCACUCACUUGUAUGGUAAGUACAAGGGUAAAAUGAUGAUUGCAAUGGGAGUAGAUGGUAACAAUCAAAUAUUGCCUCUUGCAUUUGCUAUUGUGGAAAGUGAAUCUUACAACAGUUGGA